ACUUUUCCCCAUCAGAACGAGAGAACAAUAACUCGGAAAAAGAGAGAAGGCGAAAAUCCGAAGGGAAGAAGAGGAGAACGCGAAGCAAAUGGCGGAGGCCCCGAGCAAGAUCGAAUCCAUGAGGAAGUGGGUCGUGGAGCACAAGCUCCGAGCCGUAGGUUGCCUCUGGCUCACUGGGAUCAGCAGUUCGAUCGCCUACAACUGGUCGCGGCCCAAUAUGAAGCCUAGCGUCAAGAUCAUCCACGCAAGGUUGCACGCACAGGCUCUAACCCUUGCUGCAUUGGUUGGUUCUGCAUGCGUGGAGUACUAUGAUAACAAAUAUGGUUCUUCUGGGCCUAAGGUGGACAAAUACACAAGCCAAUACAUGGCACAUGCACAUAAAGAUUAAGAUGUCCAUGUUGGCUCCUGCAUACCGGAUUAAUUUUGGGUGCUCAUGAACCAUGCACCUGGAUGUUGGAUGGUUAUUCUUUGUCUCCAUAAUGCAAAAUGACAGCGUACUUGCCAGGGUAUUCCUGGAAAAUGACAUCGAGGUUGUAGUGCAAAUAUUAUCUUCAUAAUUUAGCCUCAGGUUGCGUUAUGUAACAUCACAUUGUGGACACCCUGGAAUAUUUUACCAUUUUUCCAAGAAAAGAUCCUGAUUUGUGCCCAAA